GUGCGUAAACUGAUCCGUGAGCGAUUGUAUCUCCAGUCUACAUCGCCUCAGCGCAAAGUAAAAAGUUUGCGUGAAGAGAACAUGAGUCUGCGGUCGCUGUAUGGGAGCGGGAGUAUGUGUGGGCCCAUGUACCCCUCGUCCUCUCACGUGCCCACGCCCCCUCCCCCUCUCCUACCCCUCUCCACCACCAUGACCCAGAGUCUGCACAACGGAGAUGUCGACCCACAGGUGAGUUUGCGAACCAGCAGAGGUCCAGCCCAAAGACCCUUCAGCAUGUUUGAACAACGUCAAGGUCUCCCCAGCUCUGUUGGACCCUCCCAUGCUAUGGACCAAACAAGGACAACUUCAUAUCAGCUGAACACUAUGCGUGGAUCUGGGGAAUAUGACAACACUCGCACUGGAAGUCCUAGUCUGGAACCCACGGAAACCACGCCCCUGAAUCCUACGUACACGUCCUUACCAACUCAGGAGGAGGUUGUAAGAAAGACAGAAGUUAUCACAAAGAGGAUACAAGAGUUGCUCAUAUCAGCCCAAGAGGGACGGCAGGACUCCUUUGUUCCCUGCGCCGACCAAAUCCAUUCUGCCGUUCUUGACAUGGAUUCAAUCUUCCCAAAGACUCGGUGCUCUUCUGGGGUGCAGGGAGCACUGCGCCAGCUGGUGAGCAGUGCUGGCCGGCUGCAGAAUGAAUGUCGCGGCCACCUUUCCUCACACUCGCACACUCUUGACCCAAAGUUUGUGACACAGCAGGUAAUACAGUGUGCAUAUGACAUUGCCAAAGCUGCAAAGCUUUUAGUGACACACUUCCAGUGAAUAUUACUUGCUCACAACCAGUGGUUCAACGCAGAAGAGGAUUUCCCACAAUGGGAGAGUACCAGAUUCAUGCUGGUCUGAAGAUGUUCACGGUGGCAUGGGUCUCGUUCCUUUACCUGCUCCUGUACAUUGACCUAAUAAUGGUCAUAAUUCUGAACAUAAAACUUAUAGUUUAUAUAGGCAAAAACCAAAGUUUUUUAUGUUUAUUAUUUUCAUGAUUAUAUAUCUUGCCCUGCAGCUUAGUGACUGUUUUGGGAAAUAUGUAAAAGCUGAUAGGGUCAUGUACCUAUUAGAUAUGUAGUCUCUGUCUAUUCUGAUGUUCCUGUAGUAAUACAGCACGGUUUAUUUCUCAAUUUAUAAAUACAUUCUCUAUGCAGAAUGUUGUAUAUGUAUCCCAGUAUGCAGAAUGGAAAUAUUUUGUCCAUAAAGUUCUGUGUGGCCAACCCAGACAAGAACUUACAAAAUAAUAAGGAGAGUGUUUGCAUUUAUUAAUCUUUUUACUGAUGGUGACUAGAAGCAUUAAUGAUUAUUUUGGCGUGUGAUUCGAUGGAAAUCCGGGACGAGUCCCCAGAACUUCUUUGGUGGAUUAGUGUAAGAAUAGCGGAUGGAUUGAAUUCCGUAAAUUGUUCAGUAUAUGCAUAUUUUUGAGUUUAUGGUAUUCUUGAUUUCUUUUUGUUCUAUAAUAACAAUGUGAUUAUAAAUGUGAUCAUUAACAAGAACAAGAACAAAAACAGAAUUUAUGUAUUGCAUAUAUUAUUAUAAGAUAAAAUGAUGGAUGUUAAGGAAUACAUUGGUGCUCAUCGAAAGCAGUCAUUGAUGAUUGAGGUGAUAUAUUUAUUUUUUUGCAACCGGGGUACGCUGGUCGGCUACAAUGAGGCCUGUGGUGGUGCCUUUAUGAAGAGAAUGGACUCACGCAGCUCCAGACUGCGUGAAUGAGGGAGCUCUUCGGAAAACUGUUGUUAGGCCUCGAUUCCGCAAAUCUGUCACUGGGAAUUUGAUUGGGAAUGAACCGAUUUGGUGCUCUUUGGAUCCUUUGUCGAAAAGCAUAAAUAAAAAGUGUUUCAUUAGAGAAGCUUAGCUGAUUAUGCUGUAAAUGUGAUAUGUUAUGAUGCAACACUCAUGCAAAAUGGGGCUAGAUUGAAAUGAAUAUAAGAGCAAUAUAUGUCUGCAAUUUUUUGCUCAAGCAAGCAUUUAUGGAUUGUUCGGCAGUAAUACUCACAGAGAAUGUCAUACUUCAAGCAAAGGAAGUCAAGGGAGUAAUAGCAUAGUAUUGGCUAUUGUAAGCAGUACAUGUAAGAGAUAGCUUAUGUGUUUUUUCUUUAAAAAAGGAAGUUUUAAGAGUCAAGUUCUAAAUUCUGCGCAUGAAUGACGUUAGACAAAUUGUACACUUGGCAUUUAUUUCAACUAUUUUCUUUUCUGUAUUAACCCCAGUGGGCAAGAAAGUUCAUGAAAAGCAGUGGUAAAAUUACUUUAGGGAAUGAUGUGUAUACAUAUAUGCAUUUUGGAAGCACUGUGGCAUCCAAACCACAAGUUGGUAUUGGCAAAUGUUGGUAUUUGACCAAAAUUUUACGUGUUAUUGUGCCUUUAAGGUUACGCCUUUCUGGAGCUAUCUCAAUACAGUGUGCUAGGUGCUUUACAAAGUAAUGUCUUAGAGGAGUAUAAUAGAAAUGCUUGCCUAAAUUAAAAGAUAUUUUAUAACUGUUGCCUGUGUGCGUGCUGCCGAGUCACUGUUGUCUGAGCCUGAGUAUGUUUUAGCGGGAUUGCGGACAGCAUGACACGAAAAGGUGUUCCGAAUCUUCCAGAUGCAAACUUAGCUAUGCUCUUUAUGGAAGGGUUACCCUCUAAUAAACAGUCGAUUGUUAAAUUGGUCACUCUUCAAGAAGCAAAUGGGAUACCCAACAAAGAUCAGAGUUCAAGGAAGUCAUUUAGAACAUUUGGUCGACUGGCAUGCAGUUGGUUCAAUCCCGUACUUUAAACUCAGGCUGAGAGUACUCUAGGCUACUUUGUGUUCCCCUCAGCUUCCAUUUUGGUUAACAGUAUGUGAUGAAAACUUUAACUAUUAUGAAGCCUCUUUCCCCCCCGAGUGUUUUGUUUAAACCAGUUAGUCCCACUAACUUUGUCGCAAAAAGAAAAAAAGAAUAAAAAAAGAGAGAGAGAGAAAAUAUCAGUACUUUAUAGUAUAAACCCUUUUUCCUUCCCCCGUGUCCAAGAGCUUAGUUAUUUCCCCGUGUCUUCCAAAUAGAGGAUUCAUGUUGUUGCAGUGAAUACAGGUUCUAUGAUGUUAAGCUUGAGUUAUAGUAUCAGAUGCUAAGGCUGAAUUUUUAAAUUGUUGUUUAAUUAUUAUUUUGUUGUUGUUGUUAUUAUUAUUAUUAUUGUGUCUUUGAUGUAAUUUGUAGAGAAUCUUGGUAGUUUUGUAUGAUGUGACAGGAGAAAAGAGAGAAAGAAUAGUCAAGAUUAGCUUGUCUUUAUUAAGAAAAAAAAAAAUUAAAUGCAUAUACUAUAUUUUUGUGGCUUUGCAUUUGUAGCUUUCAAGAUUUAGAUCAUUUCAGCAAAUGCGGAAGUAAAAGUGAUGCACUUGGUUCUUAGGAUAAAAUUGUUUCUUUUCUUGUUGCUUGAGAGGACUAAUAAAACCUUGUAUAGAUUCUUUCCUAGGCCCUUUAUAUAGGCAGUUUAUAAUUCUUAUGAAAUACGUUUAAAAGUGAUUCCACAUGCACAGAGGCAAAGCAAACUACCCCCUUAUGUGUUGUACAGAUUUAUUGCCGUGUUUACCUUGUAUCCAGCUCAUGGUUCAGAUAUCUAUUGCAUUUAUUAGGUCAUAUGUUGAAUAACUUGGCAAGUAGGUGAAUUUGUCUUCACAGUGUCAUUAUAAAUAAUAGUUACAUUUUUUAAUAGGUUGCUGAUGUUAUAAGGAAAGAGAGAGAGACUUGAGAGUGAUUCAUAUUAUUCUAGGAGUUGCCAUUUAUAGCAGCAGCUGCUCGUGUUUUCUCUUCGGCUUAAAAGAGGCAAUGUUAUUUUAUUGCUUCAGUACAGACGACAUAUCAGCAAAGGCAGCAGUCACUGAUAGUUCAUUCAUAGCAGUUGUGCGGUUAUCAUGGGAACAAAUCUUUUCUUAGUCACUAUCUUGAAGUCCCAAGCACUAAGGCAAGAAUGGAUGGUUUAAAUGAGGAUUUUAUACUCAUGUGCCAUGUUGCCACUUCAUUCAUCGUUGUAAGAUUUUUUUUCUUUUUUCCUUUUUUCUUUCUUUUACCAAAAGCUCAUUCUUUUCUUUUGUAGCAGAAUAUAUUAUAUGAAUAAAGUUGCCAUGCUGCUCUUCCACCCGAUAUUGCUGUGGCCAAGAUAGUCAUUUCAAAGUCAGACUGAUGAUAUGCCACUAUCCUGUAGGAUUUCAGAAGCUGAAAUAUUGAUCUAAUAAAUUUUUUUUUCAAUGGAGCGAUAAUUGAAGUAACCAUUAGUUCUUUUUUCAUACUGUUACUUAGUUGACCUUCCUGUUAUUGCUGUCUUGCAGCAGUAACAUGAAAGAAGUGAACUAAGUAAGAUUUUGUGUACUUGAAUAGAAAUAUUAAUACUAUGGCAUCUAACAUUCCUAUGUUUGGUCGGUAACUGAAGCAGUAAUACUAUGGUGUUCAUUAAAAGUACAUAAACCCAUAUUUAUAUUCUUAUUUAUAUAUUCAAAUUUGAAAGUAUUGUAUUUACUGCUGCUGUGUAAACAACAGAUAAACAUUAUGCAUAUUUAGUAGUAAUGGAACAAUUCAACAAUUGCAGAAAAAAAUACUGAUAAAAGGUUCUUCCAGAAGGUUCAAAAUGCUCUUUCUCAUACAAGUUGUUCGGAUUCCAAGCUGUUCUACAAAUCUGUAUUUUUAUUUUUAUUUUUUAUUCUUUACACUAGGAGAGUGAAGGAUAAUUGUUCCAAAUGUGUGUCGUUGUGAACUGCUGUAAUUCCACAAUAAUUGAAUAAUUAAUCUCUUGCCAAUAUGUAAUUUUAUCUAUUUUUGUGAAUUAACUUUCAUCUGUACAUAUUCCUCUUUCCCUUCAUCGUUAAUUAACAAGAAAAUUUUGAAC